AUGGCGGGCCGUCAAAGAGAGAGGGAUGAAGACGCAGACAGAGACAGAGGAGCACAGGUGUUUCCCCUCAGCUGUCAAAGAUAUAUAUCGAAUAUUAUUUGGCGGGAGUCAUUACAUGGUCCUCUCUUCUCAACGUCUUCUGCCACCCUCGUCCUCCGGAGCACGCUAGCAGUUCGGGGUAAUUGCAGCCACGGGGCUCGGUCUGGGGUAAGACACGGAACGUCGAGGGUACCCGACAACUUACGGAGUACUUCGUUACCGAUCUGCCAGUGA